AUGGCCCACACACUCCCACCUCUUCCUUACCCUUACAAUGCUCUCGAGCCUUAUAUUUCGGAAGAAAUAAUGGUUCUUCACCACACUAAGCAUCAUCAGACGUAUGUCAACGCCCUGAACGCUGCUGAGGCCUCGUACGCCAAAGCCUCGACUCCCAAGGAGAGAAUUGCUCUCCAGGCUGCCCUCAAGUUCAACGGAGGAGGCCACAUCAACCACUCUCUUUUCUGGAAGAACCUCGCUCCCUCUGCGGCAGUCAACAAAGGCACCGGCGGUGUCCUUCGUGACGGACCCUUCAAGUCUGCCAUUGAAAAGACUUUUGGAUCGCUUGAUAACCUGAAGAAGGAGUUCAAUGCUACCACUGCCGGCAUUCAGGGGUCAGGAUGGGGAUGGCUCGGCGUCAACCCUGCCAACAAGCAACUCGAGAUUGCGACCACCGCCAACCAGGACCCUCUUCUUCACCUCGUCCCCAUUAUUGGCGUCGACAUCUGGGAGCACGCCUUCUACCUCCAGUACAAGAACGUCAAAGUCGACUACCUUGCUGCCAUCUGGAACGUCAUCAACUUUGAAGAAGCUGAGGCUCGCUACAACGAGGCUGUCGGUGGUUCCAAGCUUUAA